GACAUUUCAGCAAAAGAAUCAGUCUGGUGGACCAGCACCAAUGAACUCCUGGGAGGCUCCCGUGAACUUUCUGGAAGAAGGUGGACUGGCUGAACAGUUUCUUCACAUUGAGCGAGAGCAGAUAGUCCGCCUGAACGCUCUCAGCUUUCUUGAUCCUGUCCAGUAUGUUUAUAACCCUUUGGAUUAUGCCUGGGAGCCCCAUCAGGACUAUGUACGUAAAUAUUGCCAUUCCCAGAAGGAGGUGCUCUUUCUCGGGAUGAAUCCCGGGCCUUUUGGCAUGGCUCAGACUGGGGUGCCUUUUGGAGCAGUGCAGAUUGUUCGAGACUGGCUGCAGAUAAGCGGACAGGUGUCUCGGCCAGCGUGCGAACACCCAAAGAGGCCCAUCCGUGGCUUGGAGUGCCCCCAUACGGAGGUGAGCGGAGCCCGCUUCUGGGGCUUCUUCCGCUCUGUGUGCACCAAGCCUGAAAAGUUCUUCCAACGCUGCUUUGUACACAACCAUUGCCCGCUGCUCUUUGUCAAUCAAAGUGGGCGCAAUCUGACACCGGCUGACCUGCCGGCUGCUCAGCGUGAACAGCUUCUUCAGAUAUGUGAUGAUGCCCUGUGUGAAGCUGUGAAAUUAUUGGGUGUUGCAACAGUCGUUGGGAUUGGACGCUUUGCUGAACAGCGUGCCCGCAAGGCUCUGUCAGCUGCUGGUAUCCCGGUACGGGUGGAGGGGGUGAUGCACCCGUCCCCUCGCAAUCCCAAAGCGAACAAAGGCUGGGAUGCCAUCAUCCGAGCAAAACUGGAAGAGCUAGGCUUGAUGGCUCUCAUCGCGGACUAACUGAGAAUUCCAUGUUCAAGAAAGCAAAGAGCUCUUGCUUGGGUUCUCAUGACUUCUGGAUAAUGGAUCGGAAGCAUUAAUUCUUCUACUGGGCUCGUUGAUUUGGCUUAAGAAUCUUCUAGCCUUAGAUCUACAUAUUUUUUACACUUUUACUUUCACUACUCUUAUUUACAUAUAU